CCUGGGACUCCUGCCCUCUCACCCUUCCUCCCAUGGCAACCAGCCCGACCCUACCGCCUGCUUUGCAGCCAAGAGGAUCCCCUUCUCUUCUCCGCCUCUCCCAGGUCUAUCCCCAGGCUCCCUGCCACGCAGAAGCCUGCUUCCUCUCUUGGUUCCGUGACCAGAAUCUGCCCCCUGAAGAGCAUUACCGUGUCACCUGGUUCUUAUCCUGGAGCCCCUGCCCCACCUGUGCAGAGGAUGUGGUUGAGUUCCUGGAGGAAUACAGGAACGUCACGCUGAGCAUCUAUACCGCCCGCCUCUACUACUUCUGGGACCCAGAUUUCCAGGAUGGGCUCCACAAGCUGUGGUGUGCAGGGGUCCAUCUGGACAUCAUGUCCUUUGAAGAUUAUGAAUACUGUUGGGAAACCUUUGUGGACCACAAGGGGAUGCGCUUCCAGAGUUGGGAUCUAUUAAGAGAUAAUGAUUUGCUGGCUGCAGAGCUGGACAAUAUUCUUGGGUGAGGGCGUCCUCAGCCUCCUGGUCUCUCCCUGCCGCUGCCGCUCCUUCUCCUGGGCUCCAGCCACCUUCACCUUCCU